UCUGUCUGCUUCAUAGUCACUACAUUUUGGAUCAAUGGUUCAAUAUCAAUCAAACACAUCAUCAAUGACAUGUAAUCUGUAGAUCUACUGGUAAUGUUGGCCCUAGAUCAAUGCCCCCUCUUGUGUUCAGUGCAUGAUAAUGCAUGCAAUGGGCACCAAUUCAAGCGCUCUUAACGCUUAAGAGCUUCUUAACAAAUCUGGGAAAUGCGGCCAUUGUUUGUGCAUGCACCUCUAAAUGUACUCAAUUGUGUGCCUAUUCUUGUUCUUCUUGAAAAUACAUUUUAGCCACCCCAUCUGUUACUGUCUCAAACAUAGUUCAGGUUUGAUUGAAGAUUUGAAGAGGAGGGCUACAGCAAGGCUAAAGUAAUAUAAUGGACUGCCCUGUCAGAAGACUUGUUAAAACCAGGAUAUAAAAACGGAUGUCUGUCUUCCUAAAGCCUGCCGGUCUGGGGUCGUUGGGUACGUUUGUCUGGUCUGUCGGGGCUGCGCCUGGUCUGGUGUAGAUGUAUGGGUGAUCCUGAGUAUUCAAAACAAUCAGUGGUUUUUGAUGUGCUUUGAUGUGCACACCCCUGUGUCACCCCUUCCCCCACAAGAGGUUGCACUGGGCCAGAUGAGAGUGCAGUCUAUAGCCUGUACGGUACAUAGAAGUGUGGCAGUAUACACCUCAGCAAUAGGUCCUGAAAUUCAAUACAUGUUUGGAUGCUUUGACUCAGGUGAUUUUCAGGUUGUUUUGGAGGUAGAUGGGGAUGAGGUGUUCUAUGUAGACUUCAAAAAAAAGGAGGCAAUGUGGACAGUUCCUCACCAAAAUUUUCGAUAUGCUAAGUAUAGACAAUUACUUUACCAAUAUAGUGAACUGAGCAGAACCUUUUGCCAUACCAACCUAAUCAAGGAGAGAAACUGGAUUGGCUGCAUCCAACCAGACCUCAAAGCACCUGGAAGCACCAUUUACCCCAAGGAAAAGAUUGAGCUGGAGUCAGAAAACACCUUAAUUUGCUUUGUGAAUGAUUUCUACCCUCCAUCAAUCAACGUGAAGUGGACCAAGAAUAACGUGAAUCUGACAGAGGGGUCAUUGGGUCGUUAUCACCUUAACAAAGAUGGAACGUUCUUCCGGGUUUCCACCCUUACAUUUACCCCUCAGGAUGGAGACAUCUAUGCCUGCACUGUGGAGCACCCAGCCUUGGAGAGCCCCCAAACCCGAUUCUGGGAGGUGGAGGUGAAUGAGUCCAGUGCAGGUCCAGCUGUAUUCUGUGGAGUGGGUCUGACUCUGGGGCUUUUAGGAGUGGCAGCCGGAACAUUCCUCCUUGUAAAACAACCACAGUCAAAUCAGGCUUGAAGAAGAACAACAAACGAGUAAAAGUAUAUUUUACAUUCAAUUAUUAGUCCCUGUGACUUAUUUCUCUUCUGGACAGUUAUUUUAGCAAUACAAUUGCUGCUUUAAAUUACACAGUACCAUCAUAUAGAAUAACAGAUGACUCUACAUUAUUAUCUGUAUGUCCAUUUAAUAUAGUAAAGGUAUAUUGUGUGGAACUUAGAUAACUAUGCAGUAGCUCUUUCUGCACUUAAAGUUUUAAGGUGCAUGCAAAUGUAUUUAACCCCUAUCAAGUUAUUUUAUGUUAACAUCGUAUGCUUGGUGACUAUAAAAAAACAUAUAUAUAGUUA